GCCGGCUCAAAUUUUUUGAAACUGUGCCAUUUAGACGCGAGGAUCCUGUCCUGGAUCCCUCUAUGGUCCGAUGGGGAAUUGCCAAUGCUUCGAAGGCUUUGGAUUGGCUAGCAAGAAGGAUAGUUUCAAAGUCUGCAUUUGCGGUGGUGCCACGAGCAUAGGUCAACAACUGGCACUUCUGAUGGCAACAAAUACGUUUGUCAAGGAGCUCUCGGUCUAUGACUUGGAGGGCAGCAUGGUCCCUGCAGAAGGGGUGGCCGCUGAUUUGUCUCAUCUAGAGUUUCCAUGCAGAGUCAAAGCCUACUCUUUACCCGCGCAGGCAAGGCCGGUGAAAGACUUACCAGCUGCCUGCUUGGAGGGCUGCUCUCUCGUGCUCGUCACAGCAGGAGUCCCGCGGAAGCCUGGACAGAGUCGAAAGGACCUGCUUCAGGUGAACGCCGGGAUUGCGAAGUUGGUUGUUGAAGCUUGUGCCAAGAGAUGCCCGGAGGCCAUCAUUGGGCUCAUCGUGAACCCUGUAAAUAGCGUGGUGCCUGCAAUGGCAAGGCUCUACGAGAAGAAAGGUUUGGAUCCGAGAAGGAUUGUCGGCGUCACAACGCUCGAUGUGGUGCGCGCGAAUAAGUUCGUGUAUGAGGCCACUGGAGCUCCAGUGGAUUCCAUCAACGUGCCUGUGAUUGGCGGACAUGCUGGCAAGUCAGUCUUGCCACUUUUCUCGCAGGAGAAGGCCUGUGCCGAGCUUUCUUUGGAGCACCGCCAGUUCUUGGAUCAGAGGGUCCAGGAUGCAGGUGCAGAGAUUGUCAAGGCAAAAUGUGGCAAGGGCAGCGCUACUUUGUCUCUAGGCUAUGCUGGCUACUUGCUUGGUAGUGCUGUGCUAAAUGGUCUAGCUGGAAAUCGCACAACGGAGUGUGCCUACGUAAAGUCCAAUGUCACAGAGCUGCCAUUCUUCGCAUCGCCGGUAACAUUUGGACCUCGAGGUGUUGACCGAGUUCAUCAACUCCCUCGUCUGGACACCUACGAGACCGAGCGAUUGAAGGAGGCCAAACAAAUUCUUCAAGCAGAAAUCACGAUGGGCCUUGAAUAUGCAGAAACCACUGAUUUGGUGAUCUGAGCUGCCACUGUCUUCCGCCUCGCCGAAAACGGUGACUGCGUAAUAGUGCGUAGUGGGAUCGUGAAGGGCCUUGUUUAUCUUGUUUCAUCUGCUGUGCACUGAGAACCUCGGACUUGCAACGGUGGUACCGGCUUCAUGAGCCAUGCGGCCCAUCAUAUGGC